GCCAUCUAGCGGCGGAAGUCAACAACCUCGAUGUCAACAAAACCCAGCUGAUUUUUGACCACUUUUAUGACGCAAGAAAAAACGGAGGCGAUGAAUUAGUCUCCAUCAUGUGGGUCAAGCCAGAGGAAGUGCUGAUGGCCGGGGGGUUCUGGGACACAGAAGGGGCCAACACAUACUUCCUUCUCCAGCAACGCAAGGGAUCUGGCAAUGCCUCCUCGCGCGGCCUUGCUGGGCUCCUCAUCGGCACUCUGGAUUCGGUUUUCGACACGAAGCCACCCCCUUUUCGGAUACUGCACCAGACCCCUUCUUCAGAGCUCUAUUACAUUGUGGCAGUGUCACUGAAGAAGGAGGAAAUAGACGAACACUGGGAAUGGUUGGAGAGGAACUUGAUGAGUAUCUUAGCGACUUUCGACAAAGAUGAAGACAUUACAGAUUUUGUGCGCUGCAAGGUAGAGUCCCUGGUGGCAAAUUCUACCAUUAUUGAUCCACAGAACACACCUGAUCCAGAUUCAGAGACGUUUAAGGCAGUUUCCUUCAAGUUUAAGAAACUAUUUAACAUGCCUGAAGGGGAGAAGCUUGUGAAUUACUAUUCCUGCAGCUAUUGGCACAACCGCUUACCUAGACAAGGCUGGUUGUACUUGAGCGUGAACUACCUCUGUUUCUACUCCUUCCUUCUCGGCAAGGAGACUCGGGUCAUUGUGCGAUGGAGGGACGUAACAUUGCUCGAUUGCACCAAUGCCCUGAUCUUUCCCGACAGCAUUAGGGUCUCGACGAGAGAUCAUGAGCACUACUUCUCAAUGCUUUUGAGAAAGAAGGAAACCUAUGAACUCAUGGAGCAGUUAGCAAACAUGGCAAUGAAACAGUUAAUAAAUGAUGAAGAAUUUACAGAAGAUAAGGAUUUGUUGACCAAAGUAAGUAAAAAAGUACCCAAGAAACCAUCAUUCUUGAAGAGGGACCUGGAUGCCCGAGCUCAUUCUGACAUGUACCGUAGUAAGUUCAGAUUACCACUGAGUGAGAAACUAGAUGGUUCCACUACGUGUUCUCUCUGGACUCCUUACAGAAAGGUUUAUGUCAGUGGAACCUUAUAUAUUUCUUUCAACUAUAUCUGCUUCGACAGCAAGAUUGCCAACCUAGUGAGUGUGGUAUGUCCUUUGCGUGAUGUGCACAGUGUAGAGCGUGUGGAUAGCGUAAAAGGAAACGCGACUGUGAAACGUGCUCUGUUCAUCUGUACAACACAGUCCAGCUCAACCAACUCCUUCCUGUUUAUUGAUGUUGGGGAUCGGGACUUUGUCAUAAACAAACUGUCUGAGAUGUUGGGCAAGAGUAUUCCCACAAAAAAUGCUCUUCCAGAUCAUCUGUCCUUUGGGAGUUCUAAGGUUGGCAGUCGUUCCAACUCGGUCUGUGAUGACAGAAGUGAAGACAUCAGUCUCAGCAGUCUGAGUUUAGGCAGUACCGCUGAUAGCAACACCACUCUGGUGUCAGAAACUCCUGAAGCAGAAACCACAACCCUACCCCUGAGAGCUCUCUGUCCUGUCCUUGAUGAAGAUGUGGAAGAGGAAGAAAGAGUGAGAAGAAAAGAACACAUUUGGGAGAGACACUGGGCAGAGUAUGGCCGAGGGGUCACCAUGUACAGGACUGUAGAAACAGCUCGCCUCGUCCUGGAGGGCCUUCCGGACUCCAUGCGGCCUGAAAUAUGGAUGGUGUUUUCUGGUGCUAUCAAUGAAAUGGCAACCAACGUAGGGAGUUAUGAACAGGCUGUGGUAGCGGGACUGAAGAGAGGGGGUCCUGCUAAUGACGAGAUCGAGAGAGACCUACACCGUUCCCUUCCAGAGCACCCUGCGUUCCAAAGUGAAAUGGGGAUAUCUGCACUAAGACGUGUUCUCUGUGCUUAUGCCUGGAGGAAUCCUGCUAUUGGUUACUGCCAGGCAAUGAAUAUUGUCGCAUCAGUGCUCCUCGUGUAUUGCAACGAAGAGGAGUCCUUCUGGCUCUUGGCGGCACUCAGUGAACGCCUUCUUCCUGACUAUUACAACACCAGGGUAGUUGGGGCUCUUGUUGAUCAGGGGGUGCUCGAGGACCUCAUUCUGGACCACUUGCCCGGCCUUCACAAUAAGCUGUCUGAAUUGGGCAUCAUUUCUCUGAUCUCGCUGUCUUGGUUCCUUACUCUCUUCCUCAGUGUUAUGCCAUUUGAAGCGGCCGUUCAUGUGGUCGAUUGCUUUUUCUACGACGGUGCACGGGUUGUAUUUAUGGUCGCCCUUGCUAUCUUGGAAGCAAACAAGGAGACACUUGAGAAUUGUGGUGAUGAAGGGGAAGCCAUGAUGGUCCUGUCCGAUUACCUCAGUUCCAUUACAAGUCCUGCAGCUCGCUAUGCCAAGCGGAGAUCGAGUGUAUCGGGAGACAAACAGGCUGAUUCACCAGAGAAGUUGGUCAACAUCACAGAAGUUAUAGAAGCUGCCUACACUGGCUACGGCUUCAUCACCAACGUGGCCAUCGAAAGACUCCGGGUGAAGCACAGGUUGCGUGUAGUGCAGACACUGGAGGACACAGUAAUGAGGAACACCCUGCGCACUGUGGGACCAGAUUGUAUGCUGGGGGAGGAAGAUCUCAAGGAAUUAGUGGUAUAUGUACGCAGUGAGCAAAUUUUAGGUGGAGAUGACAAGGAACUCCGUCAGCGGAAUAAUUCAGGAAAUCCACUAAAUCAAGAAGGAUAUGCCUUGGGCUAUGAAACAUUCCGACAGCUGUUUUUGGCAGUGUCGCCCUGGGGACAGGGUGAUCGUGCAGAGAGUUUAACAACAAGCAUGUUUAACAUGUUAGACGUUGAUGGAUCCCAUGUCCUUAGUUUCCGGUCUGUGGCCUGGCUUUUUGGUGUCCUGUGUGGCAGAGACUUCGCUCGAAAGCUGCGAUUAUUCUACUACCUGCAUUUAGCCUUCCCUCCAAACUUAGACGAAGUUGAUAAGCCAAGAAAACCUGAGGAAAUAGAGGAAGAGGCAGCUGUGGAGGCAGAGGAGUAUUUCGACUUCAUGGACGACUGCCCAAAGAAGGGGAAAGUCGACCUGGCGGUACCCGAUGACACGGACUCCCACACGACAGAGACAUCACCCAAGCAGGAAUACUGUGAUGCCUUGACAGGUCUGGCAACAAUACACAACCGUGACUACCGCAUGUAUGAGCAGCACUUCUUACCCACCAUGAACCAAGAACAGUUUAUCAACAUGUGGCGUUCUGUGUACAGCUUCUUUGCCCUCGAGACCAACCAAGACAUAUUCACAUCACUGUCAAGAGUUGGUACACUGUUGCUGCAGAUUGGGGAAGUGGGACGGAAAGUGAGAGAGUCGUCUUCGAAGUCCAACAGUGGAAAUGCAAGUGAUGUAGGAGAAAUGGCAUCGGGAAGUGACCCAGAACUUGACAAAACUAGUGGAAUAGUGUCAGACGUUUCAGCUGCGACCACUGUAGAGGGAGAGACGUGGUGUUCACAGCUGGCCAACAAAGAGGUCUCUCAUGCCUCAGACAAGUGUUCGAGUAGCACCGCAGACACGCCAGAGGAACCCCAGAAGAGUUCAGGGGCUGAUAUAGAAGGUCCUCUCAGUGAUGAAAAACAGGAGGAGGUUCAGGAGAAGGAGACACAGGACAAGACACCCAAGGAAGGUGGACACUCCCCUGAUAACUUUGAUGACUCAGGCCAGUCCAGCCGGCACUCCUCCCUCUCGCAGCCUUCCCAUCAAGAGUGGAGUAUAUCCUUCGAACAGUUCCUGGCCAACAUCGCCAAUGAGGAGAGACUAAUGUCCUUCUUCGAAAAGCCUGUCGAUUUAGCGCAAGAGGUACAAAAGUUAAGAAAAAGACAGGCACUCAGCACCAAUGGCAUGAUUGGCUCAUUGGUGUCAUCACCGUUGUAGAAUUUUGUUUUCCAUAGACAUUUAAAUUAUAUUUAGAAUACUUGUAUAUGUAUAGUCUAUAAUGUUGUGAUUCAAGAUAUAUGUCUUUCUCAUGCUGAUCUGUAUAAUCAUUUUCUUUAGAAUGUACUGAUGAUGUGAUAUAGUUAAUCCCUGUGAAUUAAUAAAACAGAUGAUAAAUUAUGAGAUACUGAAAGCAGUGUAUGUAUGUGAGCACUAACCAUCUAUAUCAGUAAAACUUUUAGAUCACAUGGAAGAGAAGCUUUCAGUUUUAUUAGUUGACUGUGACUGAAACUGCACAUGACAAACCCUAAUAAUGUUACUAUAAUUAAUUUCAGGUAGGUUCUACAAUGUAUGUUUGUCCUUGCCAUAUGUAUUCUUUGGUUGCAGUAUUCGGAAAUGUUUUCAGGUAAUGUCAUGUAUUUAUCUGUAAAGUAUUAGCGGGCAUUCAUUUUUCUUUUUAUAUGAUAUUGGUGGUUUUAGAAGAAAAAAAAAUUGUUUAUUGUGAAGUGUGUAUGUAAUGUUAGAAUUAAUUUUAAUGCAUUUUUUCUCUUUUAUAGAGGUUGGGUGCAACAACAAACCUAAGUGGCAAUGGUUUGCUGUAUUUUGGUUUCCCUUUUUGUUCUUUGUAAUAGAUAUGGAGCAUGCUAUUGCCAUAUCAAAUGUUAAGUCUGUUUCAAAGAUAGCAUUUUGACUAUUAAAAUGGUAACUAUUCCAAAGUACUAAGAAAGGCAAUGCUGUUCACUGAACUUCAUUAGUGGAUGUGGCCUUUAGUGACACUGAACCCAGAUAGGGACUUAGACAGAAAAACAGACAGACACACAGACAGGUAGGAAAACAGAUAAAUACCAAACAGACAGAUAGAGAAGUAGAUGGAUAGACAGAAGACAUGAGACCUUGUUUGGUGCCAUGAUUUGGAAACAUAUUGAUUAUUGUAUUCUGUUAAUUAUAUAUGUAUUUUUAAUAAGUAAAUUAAAAGCUAAAAAAUCUGAAAAAAUGUAUGUGUAUAGACUUCAUAAAAGAAUUGAUUUUUUUUUUGUAUGAAAUUUGCCAUGACGAAGGUUUUCUGCUAAUGGGGAAAUAUGUUUUGAAAUGAGGUUUUAUCAAAAGCAUUUUACUUUGCCAUAAACAGACUUCAUGAUUGCUCAUAUAUUAUGUGAAAUAUAUGGAAAAGAAAGAAAGUUAGCCCAGUGGCUUUGUGAAUAAACCCUGAUAUACUACUAAACAAACCAAGCAAGUCAGUGGACAACAAAAUUCAUGGGGAAAUCAGUGCAAUUCAAGCAAGUUAGGUGAGCUCGUGAGGGUGCUGAUGACAUCCUUCCAGAACACUCGGUACUCUGGCAUGUGUCUGUGGUCCCUAAGAAAGAACAGUUUGUAAAUUGGAAAGCAGCAACGUCCUUCAGUGUAUGACUGUCAUCGAUGAUUGGGGCUUUCUCAUAACAAAAUUGUCUAACCUUUAUCAAAAGCUCACUCAAAAGGUUUCCAAACCCUUUUCAAAUUUUGAAGUGAAUAUGAAAGGGUAGUUCAUGGCUAGGUUCUGCAGUACGGUUAUGUUCUUAAUCUUAUAUAAACAUUUUUCAUAGUUGACAGGAAAGGAAAAAAGUGAAGGACAAUUUUUUUUUUUUGUCAUUUUAUAAAUGUAUUACUGUAAGUUUGCUCUAGAUUUUUUAGUAAAUAUUGGGUUUCAUCAGUAAUUAAUAUGCAGCUUAGUUUCUGAGUUUACUAUUUUUUUUUAAAGAUAGUUUUAUAAGUUCUUACGAAAAAGCAAAAUGUUCAAUAGAGAAAAAUAACUUUGUAUAUAAUGAUUUCUGUCAAAAACUGAUUUCUCCCUUAAGUGCAUGUAUACAGUCCACUGCAGUUUGUUUUAUUAACUUUGAUUACACAUAUAUGGCUCCAGAAUUUUUUUCACCAAAUGAUUAAUUACUAGGCUAAGGUGAACUUGCCUGCUUAACUCAUUUCUUGAUUUUUAAAAUACCAAUAACAACAAUUGAAUCAUUGAUAAUAAUAUUAAUGGUAAAACACUUUAUCAAAAAAAAAUUAAGGAAUGGGGUAAAGAGGUGAGAUCAGUUGGGUUUUGUAAUUGACUUAUUGGUGACUUAAGUGUUUGUGAAGUCAUCUAUGUGCAAAAACAAAAUUAGUAAAGCAAAACUACUGUGAACAUUACGUGUAUCUGGCACUAAUGGGUUAAGAAACUUGUGAAUUUGAAUUUCCCAGUUGCUGUCUGAUGAUCUCAUGAAAUAUUACUAUAGGACCAUUAUACCCCAGAUUUCAUAUGAGAUUUCAAAAUUUUAUAUGAGGAAUGUUGAUAAAAUGAAAAAGGUAAAAUGUGGCAGAGGAAUCACCCAUUGUGUUGGAAACAGAUCUCUUAGUGCUUUAUAUAAUGAAGCACCCUCAAAAAGAUGCUUUUAACACAAGCACAACUCUUCAGUAGAACACAGAUGUAGAAGCAAGCAGAUGUAGUGAUAUGGCACAGAGAGGCUGUAUUAUCUUUGGUUCACCCACCUAAUAUUGUUCACUUGUGGAUAGAGGUAUAUUUAUUUAGACCAUGUACCUUUUGUGAAAUAUGCAGGAGGUAGGACUACAGAUUGACCUUAACAUACAUCAGUGUUUCUUAUCAUAAAGAGUAUAUUUGCUCCUGGUCUACUUUAUGGUAUGUUUAAAGAGUUGAUGGGUGAGUACCUCCAUCUGUAUGAUUGGUUCUUAUAUUGUAUGAUUAUGUUGCUAGUGUUCAUUAUGGCCAUUCAACAUGACAUUAUGGAUCUGAUGCUGACAGUUUGACAAUAGGCCAAGAAAAAAUUGUGGAUGAUAUUUAAAAUGAUUUUCUUCUCAUUCAAUACAGGAUUUUGUACAUAUAGAAUAUAACAAGAUGACUUUCAUUAAGAUUCAGUUUAUUAAUCAAAGGGAAUGAUGAUAAUGAAAAUGACACUGAUUUUAUUUAAUACAUGUAGGAUAACGAAACCCUCCCAGAUAGGCAAAUGUUGCAGAAGAAUACUGAAUUUCUGUCUUGUUAUGUGUAGUAUAUGAGUUAGAUAUAUUCGUAAUAUAUAAAUGCAUAUAUAUUUUUAGUAAUAAUGAUUUAAUAAUGUUCAAAAAGUUUUACUGUGGUGCUCAUCAGAUCAUUUUGAAAACUUGAUUGCAAUUAAUUGUGCUUUUGAUAACAGUCUUAAACUAAUGGGUUAUGUAAAUAAGUUUGUUACAAAUGCAUGAUGAAUUCAGAAAUUAUUUUUGCCUUCUCUACAGAAAAGAAAAACAAUGUAUGGUUGUGAUUAUACAUUGACAAACAACUACUGAAAGAUCCUUUGUGUUGUGAAGAAAUGUAUUUACAUAUAUAUACACAGACAUCUUUAUUAGAUAACAUUAUAAGUUGCAUGCCUUGAAAGUGGGAGAAGGAAUAUGGAUAAUAUCAUAGUGUUAGAGCAAAUGUCAUGUGCCACAGAAUGCAGUUGACAGAUAACUCUAGUAUUUUACAGUUGUACAGUUUCAUGAAUCCCUUUGUCCUCGUCAUUGAGAAGAUGCCAGUGACCAUGUAUCGACUUUUUAGCUGAUUUUUUUUAUUCAUGCGCAUUGAGUUUAUUGGCCGAAUUAUAUAAUACAAUUGUAUUUAAUUUUAUUCACUAAUGAUUUAUUUAAAAGUAAAGAAUUCUGUGAAUGUAAUAAUUGUCAAAGUUUUUCUUUAUACACCAUUAAUUUUAUGAUGAUAACAGGAAUUAUUAUGGAAACUAGGAUACUCAGAGUAGAUUAAUUUCACUAAUGGAGAAUCAUGAGCAUUUAUUUUUUUAUUGCAUAUUAGCAUAGAAAGAGGGGGGGGAAAUGUGACUGUCUAUAGCGACUUCCGUAUAAUAACGUUCUUAUUUUGACUUAAUAUCAAUAAUGUCCUCAGUGCUUUUGAGCAGAAAUAUCUAAAAUAUUGUAGAAGUCUUUUGUCUGGCAAUAAAUUUUAUAACUGCUGUUACGUUGAAAUAAAAGUUUGUUAAGUAUAAUGCUUAAACUAUCUUGAUUAAUAAGGCUUUUAAAUAUCUGAUUUAUUAGGUUAUUUCCAAUUGUAUAUCUUUUAUCUAUAUUACAGUUAUAUUGAGAGUGUAUCUGUGUAAGCAUGUGUAGGCCUGGUUUAUAAAGAUAGUUUUUCAUAUUAAUAUGAAUAAUGAACAAUGAACAAAAAGUUCCUUAGAUCUUUAAUACUAAAAUUUCAUAAUGGAUUUGUACCUGAAAUUUUAGCAUGACAAAGCACCACACCAUAAUAAAUAAUUUAAAAUAA